AAAAGGAAAUCAUAUCAGCAUUUGAAAUCAUUCUUUUGACAAUGAUUAGAAAGUUUGCAGUGUUAUUUUUUGUUUCCUCUGUAUAUUCACAACUAUACCUAAAUGAUAUAAUGUUUGAUUAUACAGAACAACCUGUAAACUAUUAUCCAACUUUCGACAACUAUCCUGAUGUUGUACCCGACUACCGUUUAAUGCCAUAUCCUCCACAAACAUACUCCUACUCGAGGCAGAUGUGGAACGGGUGUGGGUGUGCAACAGCAAAAACUUAUGGUGACUAUAUAAAAACAAAGCGAAGAUCCAGAAGUCAAAGAUUAAUGUCAUAUUACCAGUUGAUGUAGUGCUCACAGACAGGAAAACAAACACUUUUUAUAUUGUAAUAAUUGUUUGUAUCAUUGAAAUACUAAUAAUAAUAAUAAGUCGUUAUAAUAAAUACGUUUUUUUGUGAAAU